AUGCAACAAUUCAUGGGCUUGCGAGGGAGAGGCCUGUCUCAUGCCAUCGGGGUCGUUGCGGCUCUCAUCUUCUUCCUCUAUGGCUACGACCAGGGAGACAUGGGCGGUUUCUUGACCGUCCCCUCCUUCCUCACCCAAUUCCCCCAGAUCGGCGUCCUCUUCAAACCGGGAGACCUCCACGUGGCUCAGCUUACCGGAUUCACUGUCGCCAUCUGGAACCUGGGAUGCUUCGUGUCUGCCAUGGUCGCCAUCUUCGUCGGCGACAUACUGGGCAGGAAGAAGAUGAUGUACAUUGGACUUGCCGUCCUCCUCAUCGGCGAGAUCAUCCAAUGUUCGGCCUUCCAAUGGGGCCAAUUCGUGGCUGGCAGGUUCAUUGCGGGCUUUGGAAAUGGAUUCAACUGUGCAACUGUUCCGGCUUGGCAGGCGGAAUGCACCAAGGCACACCGCAGAGGUACCGUGUUGAUGCUUUCCGCCGGAGCCUCUAUCGCAGCCGGCCUCUCCUUCAGCUACUGGAUCGACUUCGGCUUCGCCUGGUUGGAUCCCGACUCGGCGGCGUGGCGGGUGCCAAUUGCACUCCAAAUCAUCUUCAUCCUGAUCGCCAUCUCCGUCCUGGUCUUCCUCCCUGAAUCUCCACGCUGGUUGAUCUUGCAGGGAAGAGAAGACGAAGCGCUGAACGUGCUGUCCGCCUUGAACGACUCGGAACCCGACACCUAUGAGAUUCGUCAGGAGUUUUUGCAAAUCAAGGAUGCCGUCGUGGAGAUGGCCAAAGCCUCCUUCUCCAAUGCCUUUCGCAUGGGCGACUACCGGGAUCUGCAUCGUGUUGUGUUGGCUGUUGUGCUACAAUUUUUCCAGCAAAUUGGAGGCAUCAACUUCAUGACCCAGUACUACGCUCAGAUGUUCAGCCAACAGUACAUCUGGGACCCCUGGGUGGCUCGCCUGCUGGCUUCCGGCGCCGGCACCUGCUUCUUCCUGUUCUCCUUUGUCGCUGUCUGGUGCAUCGACCGGGUCUGCGGGCGUCGGCCUCUGAUGCUGUUCGGCACCUCUGGCAUGUUGGUCUGCAUGAUCAUUCUUACAAUCAUGUUGGAAGUCAACAACCGCGCAUCCCUGGACGCGGGCACUGCCUUCGUGUGGGUCUUCUGCGUCUUCUGGGCCAUCGGCUGGCAAGGCAUGAGCUGGCUGUACCAGGUGGAGAUCGUGCCACUACGCAUCCGUGGCCCGGCGAAUGCUCUCUCUACAGGUGCGAAUUGGUUGGCCAACUUCGUCGUUGUACUCAUGGCUCCGGUCGCAUUCAACAACACCAAAUGGAUGACGUACCUGAUCUUCGUCUCAACGUAAGUGAUCAUGUCGUGGGUUGAGAUGCAUCUACUAACACAUCUGAUGCAGCAACGCUGUCAUUCUGCCAACAGUGUACUUUCUCUACCCGGAAACAGGCCUCCGCUGUCUCGAAGAAGUAGACUACAUCUUCCACACUGCAAACUCGUCGCCUCGACCCUGGUUUGACGUCGUCAAGAUCGCCAACGACGAGCCAUUGUGGUACGGCAAAGACAACGAAGAUCCAUACGACUACGAAGCCAGCGAAUGGCAUCAACGUCACGUCCGCUUCUCCCCCGAAGUCAAAGAUUCGCAAGGCGAGUCCACGACGCUGCAAGGCAGCAGUGACGACGGCGGGAUGGAGAAAGUGGGCAGCAAUGGAUCCACCAGUGAAGAGGGUUGGAAGUAUCCCGGCGACGACGUAGCUCCCAGCCCGCACAUCUCGACCGCGAGUGGGCGGACAUCUCGGAGCGCUGGACGUGGAGCUUGA